AUGAACAGCGAAGAAGAGCGAACAAUACAAAAUGAAGACCUGGCCGAAGAAAUCGAAGCUGUCAAUGCUAUAUAUGACCCCUCUACGAUAACACUUACAACUUCAUCUCCAGACGCAGACUCGUCGUUACAGUACACGAUAAUUCUCACCAUACCGAACCACGAGAACCUCUCAUUCCUACUUGGAUUCGAUCCUGAAUACCCGUUGACUCCCCCGCGCGUACUUGGGCCUGCGUCCACUGGAUCGAGAGGUGAAGGAAAGAAGUGGGCUGAUAUAUUAGCGGACUCUGCUGGGAGGGUAUGGACCGAAGGCUCCGUGUGUCUUUACGAUUUGAUCGUCGAUGCGGAGGAGCGGUUUGACGAAGCUAAGCCUACAGAGAAUGAUACUACAGCUACAGCCCAGGAGGCUACGCCUACAACUACUGUCAACGAGAGUGAAAAAAGCGGUCUUCAGUCGUUGGGAUUAUCGGCUCCUCCGCCAUGGGUAAUAUCUGACCCUAUCAUCGAGAAGAAGUCCAUAUUCGUUGCACGAGCAGCAACUGUCCAAUCCAAAGAGCAGGCUGAGAAAUACCUUGACUAUCUCCUUGCCUCAGAAAAGAAAGUGGCUUCUGCAACACAUAAUAUCACCGCAUGGCGUAUUCGACAACAUCAGCAGUCUUUGGAUGGCCAACAGCAGCAACCAGGUCGUGACACGAUCGUUCAAGACUUCGACGAUGACGGCGAAACAGCGGCCGGCGGGCGGUUGUUGCAUCUCAUGCAGCUGAUGGAUGUGUGGGAUGUCGUGGUAGUAGUGACACGGUGGUAUGGAGGAGUGAAGCUGGGACCUGAUCGGUUUCGAAUCAUCAAUGCUGCUGCGAGGGAUGCGUUGGUCAAAGGCAGGUUCGAGGCGAGUCAACCGACGGAGAAAGGGAAGAAGAAGGGAAAGAAAUGA